AAUUAGAGAAAAAAUAAAUAACUUAAGUUAGGUAGUGUAAACAAAAUUACAGUGAGAUUUGAGAUUACAGUACAGUAGCAGUAGCUAGGCUAACUUUAAACUUGACUGGUAUUAAAUUUGCUUCAGUGUCUUCCUAGCUUCAGUUAAAUAGGAACUAUAACUUAGUUUAUCUUUCCUUGUUGAUAUUCUAUUUAGGCCUAGAUUGUUCUGCAGUUCACUGGGAAGCUCAUGCAUGUUACAUAACAAUAAGCUUUUCUGAAAUCAUCAAAUCAGCUUGAAAUUUUAGGUCAUGUCAGGGGAAAACAUGGAAAGUAUCAUAAAUGAUCUUUUUGAUUGUGAGUUUUAUGACUGUGAAUAUAAUCAUCUGAAAGAUUCCUGUUAUAUGGACCAGACGGGUGCAGCGUUGUACGCAACCAGCCAACUAGAAGGGAUGAUGCAGGAUAUGAAAGAUCAUUUGUACACAAACCCCCACUCCAACAGUCUGCCGAGCAAACUGUGUUCAGACAUAGUGGACCAGGUGAGAUACAGGAUUCUGCAACGUUUCAAUACAACGACCGAGCACUACGAUGUAGUCUUUACUUCUGGUGCAACACAAGCUUUGAAGAUUGUCGCCGAAACAUUUGACUUUACGAAUAAAUUCUCUUCCAGCUUGCACCAAAUUCCGGACACCGAUGAUGAAUGUGGACACUAUGCGUACCUCCAGGACAACCACACUUCUGUGUUGGGAAUGCGGAAUGUGGACAACAUCCGACAGAACAGCGUGACUGUGAGAUGCAUUCCGCAAGCAGAGGCGGUUAUGAUGUUGGCUGCCGAUGUUGGUACAAGGAAGCCUAAGUCUAGAGGCAACUCUCUGUUUGUUUAUCCUGCACAGUGCAACUUCUCCGGAGUCAAAUACCCAUUGUCAUGGGUACAUAAGGUGCAGCAAGGAGCGUUGGACAAUGGGAGGAGUCACAGAUGGUUCUGCCUACUGGACGCUGCCACUCUGGUGUCCACCAAUACUCUAGACUUGUCCGCUGUGCGUCCGGACUUUGUGUGUCUCUCGUUCUACAAGAUGUUUGGACUCCCCACGGGCCUGGGAGCGCUGCUGGUGCGCAACACCAGCACUCCUGUACUCCACAAGAGGUACUAUGGAGGCGGCACGGUGCAGGUUGCUAUGUCCUCCAAACCUGUGCACGUUUUGCGUCCUUCACUGCACGAGAGGUUUGAAGACGGAACUAUCAACUACUUAUCCAUCAUCGCAGUCCGCCACGGGCUGGAUUGGUGGCAGAAAGUGGGUCUGACCGAGACAUUGUUGUCUAACCACUGUUUCCGUCUGGCUCGCUACACUCACAUGAGGUUGCGCCAACUCCAUCACGCCAACAACCGAGCGGCCGUCUGUCUUUACGCGGACACUGCCUACGACGACCCCAGCACGCAAGGUGGCAUUGUCAACUUCAAUAUGGUCAGAGACAAUGGCCAGUUUGUGGGGUGCAUAGAGGUGCUGAAUCUAGCGAAUCUCCAUGGAAUACACUUACGUACAGGAUGUUUCUGUAACCCUGGAGCUUGUCAGAGACAUUUAGGCAUGACUGAUGAACAAUACUACGCAAACUUUGAGGCUGGCCAUGUGUGUGGAGAUGACAAGGAUCUAAUCAAUGGCCGACCUACAGGCUCAGUCAGAGUGUCAUUUGGUUCCCACUCUAGACAGAGCGACGUAGAUCGGCUACUCAAACUGCUCAUCGACUGCUUUGUCACCAAACCUGCAGUCAUACGGGAUCCUGAUGAAUGGGAAGAGUUGACUCGAAAAUUAAGACAUAAAUUUACUAAUGUAAACUUAAACCUAACUAAACAACAAGUAGAGAAGAAUGGAAUUGAUAUCAAUCGAGAACCAGUUUGCAACAGAAAGAUUGAGUCAACAAGUCAUCAGCGAUUGGCAGAAACAAAUGGGUCAGAACCAACUCCAACAAGUCUAAGGGUCACGCGAGUCUGUCUGUACCCGGUCAAAUCGUGUGGAGCGCUGGAGGUAGACAGCUGGCCGCUGGAUCACCGAGGCCUGAGGUACGACCGAGGUUGGAUGGUGAUCAGUGACCUCGGCACGGCUCUCACACAGAAACAUGAACCAAGGAUGUGUCUCAUCAGACCUCUCAUAGACGAGGAACAGGGACUGAUGACACUUACAUUUAAAGGCUACCCAAGAUGCAGUGUGCCAAUGCAUCCAUCCUCAGCAGAUGCGACCACAGCUGGUCUGUGCCAAUCCAAGGUGUGUGGUUCACAAGUACAAGGGUGGGACUGUGGGGAACCUGCGGCGCAGUGGCUGACAACUGUGCUGGGGAGACCAGGACUGCGGUUACUGCGGCAGAGCGACCACUACGACAGGGCCAGCAAAGGAAAAAAGAACAGCAGUACUUCACUCGCUCUCAGUAACCAGGCUCAGUUUCUGCUAGUCAACGAAAACAGCGUUAACUGGCUGUCAGACAAGUUACCCGACCAAUCAGAUUGCUCCGAGGCUACCAUGGUAGACAGGUUCAGGAGCAAUUUUGUCGUACAAGGAGACUUAGCUCCGUUUGAAGAACAAAAAUGGACGGAGGUUGUAAUUGGAUCAAUUCCUUUCAAAGUGGACGGACCGUGUGGAAGAUGUCAAAUGAUCUGCAUUGACCAAACGUCCGGACAAAAGACCAAGGAACCUUUGACUACAUUGGCAGCCAACUGUAAUGGAAGCAUGAAGUUUGGCAUCUACCUCAGUCAGAAGAGCACUGAUGAUAGUGCGGUUGUCAAAGUUGGUGAUAGUGUGAUACCUUCAAUUCACUAAUUUGAUUACUAUGUACUUACUGCCCGAUAGUCUUUCUCUGUUCAUGGUGUUACAAUGAGACCUCUCUUAACUGAAAUUAAGUAGUAGAUGGAUUUUUUCGUCAGACAAACAUUUUUUUGAACAUGCUUUUUUGAUAUUCAAAGUGGAUUGAAUAAGACAGUAAUAAAAAAUACAUGUGGGGUGAGAUAGGUAAAUUUAUACAUUUUUAAUAACUACCGCAUGCCAACUAGUUUUUAUCUUGCAUUGUUAGUUUCCUUGCAACAUCUCAAUCCUAAUAACACAUCAGUUGGCGUAGCAUCCCCGAUCGUUUCACAAAUCGUAAAGCUAUCUACUAAUAAAUAAUUUGAUAAAGCUGAAAAAUUGAGUAAUACACAAAGACAAAUUUAACCACUUGAUCAGUAUACCAAAAAGAGUUGCUACACGUUCAUUAAUAAAAAAUGCUUUCAUAAAGGAAUUUGAGAUGCAUUGGGUGUCUACUGUGGCUUGAAUCCUCUUAAAACACACUCCCUGGUUUGUUGGUGUAAUAGAAAUGAAAUGAAACAUUAUCUAACCCCGAACUGUACGGCACUCUGUUCGGCUACUUCACAUGUAAGUUAAUGUUUUGGCCAUUUCGGUUUAUCGUAAUUUUGCUAAAAGUAUUUUGGUUUAGAGAGGUUUCACUGUAGCUAUCAUCUAGUGUGAUACAAGAAGCUAUACGUAGCAACUACUACCCUUUUUCACAGGUUUCUUUCAAUCACCCGGUAUUCAAGACUGAAGUAUGAAGUGAUUUGUUUAUUAUUAUGGUGUGGUUAUAAUUUAAUUUUCAUUACACAUCACUUUCUUAUUUAAUGUAGCUAUUUUUACACUUACUAUCAAUUAUUUUACACUUCACUUAUUAGUUAUUUUAUCACUUUGCUUAGUAUUUGUUACACAUCACUAUAAUUUUAUCACUAUAUAAAUAAGCAGGGUCAAGAGAUGUAACAAACUCUCAUGCACACAAUUUAGACUGAAGUCGCACAGGAGAUUGUCUGAUGAAAAACUUGUAGGUUUUUGAAACUAUAUAAAAUCCUACUUAGUUUUUGAUCAAACUGAUUGCAACCUAGGCAAUUAAGAGAGUAAAUGAAUUAUUUUAACAGAUUUGUCAUUUUAAUAAAACUGUUGAAAUGUAUUUGCCAAAGAGUAUUUAAAACUGUUCAAAAUAAAGUUUACAUAAAAUAAUAAUUUUU